CGGUAACAAUAUUCAAAACAUUUCAUUGAUUCUGCACGUGUAGCUGAAGUUUUAUUUUUAUUUUAAAUUUUUGUGUCGUUUUUAAAACGUAAAUUCUAUAAUAAUAUAUUGUGAAAUACAAAAAAACAAAUUAAUAAAGUUUAAACAAAAUGGUGAUAGUGGAAAAAAGUUUUCCUCGUGGAGGAAUUGUGGAAUCCAAAGAAGCUGUAGCCACAAAACCAGAACAGAUUUUUGGUGCUGUACAGAAAAAAAUUAAGAGAAAUAAAACUAAAGCAACUGCUGCAUUAGUAGAAGAGGAUGAAGAUUUGAAGCCACGUUCAGCAGAACUUUUAACAUAUGACACCAUACAGGAUGGUAUGAUUGUUAUGGGUAUAGUUAAAAGCGUGGAUCAACUUUAUUUGAAUGUCACAUUGCCGGGUCGUAUAAGUGCUAGGGUGUCUGCUCUGGAAAUAUCUGAUGCUUAUACCAAGUCUAUGAAAGAAUUCUUACAAAAUUCACAAUCAGAAGGUUAUAAGCCACUCAAUGAUUUAUAUAGUGUGGGGAAAAUCGUCUAUGGCCGUAUUAAGGAAAUCAAACAGGGAGAUAAGGGUGAGAUACAAGUGGAUAUGACCUUAAAGCCAAGUGAAGUACAUGCCGAUCUUGUGCAUGCCAACAUUAAGAAGGGAUUUGUGUUCAAUGGUGCCAUAGAGGAAAUCCAGGAACAUGGUUACAUUAUAGAAUCUGGUAUUAAAGGCCUGCGCUGUUUUGUUCCGAUAGAAAAAUCUGAAACUGGUCAUGCUGUAGGAGAAUUGAUAUAUCUUAAAGUGGACAAGGUAACCGUUGACAAAUCAGUGAGCACUUGUAUCUGUGCAGAAAUAAAGCCAAACAAACUAAAAAUUAAAGAUCAAAAUGAUCCCAACUUGGACUACCUACUACCCACAACCAUAGUAAAUUUUCAAGUCAGUAAAGUGCUUAAGAAUGGUUUACAGGGCUCAAUAAUGAACGAAGUAUACACGGCUUAUGUGAAUGAGCAUCAACUCGCAGAUCCUUUAACUUUGCCCGAAGAUUAUGAAGUUAAUGUUAAGUAUGAGGCGCGCAUAUUGUAUGUUAUGCCUUUAACUAAAUUCGUCUACUUGACCUUGAAUUUACGCAAUAAUGUCGAUACCAAAACCGACACAUCUGAAGAGGGUGAAGAUGAGGAAUCUACAAAAACUAAAUUGAAUCCUGGUGAUAUUGUGGAAAAUGCUAAGGUUCACCAUUUAGGCACUGGUGGUGUAGUUUUAAUAUUAAAUAAUAAAUUUAAAGGCAUCAUAUCCUAUAAAACUAUUAAAGCUAACUAUAAAGGAAACUAUGAUCAGGAUGAGCUUUUGGCAAAAUAUGCACGCAAAUCGAAACAUACCGUUAGAAUUACCAACUAUGAUAUCAUGGACUCUAUGUAUAUCUGCACAGAUGAUGUUGCUGCUGUUAAUGAGAAAUAUUUCAGUUUCAAUGAUAUUAAACCUGGUGAUUUUGUGACUGCCACUGUUAAGGAAGUAAAUCACAAAGUUGGCGGUUAUUCUUUACAACUAGGAAGAAUUAAUGCUUUUAUUGAAAAAUUAUUUUUGGCUCCCUCGGCCAAAACUUUGGAUCCUAAGACCAAAGUAAAAUGCCGUGUUGUUAACGUUAAUCCCGAACGUAAAUUAGUGUAUUUGACUAAUCGUUCUGAAUACAUGAACAAAUCUAGCAAGCCACUUUUAAAUUUAGAUGAAGCCAAACUAAACAGCAAUUAUCUUGGUACCGUUGUCAAGUGCACUAACACCUUUGCUUUGGUAAAAUUCUUUGGAGAUGUAAAAGGUCUCUUCUAUAAACAAAAUGCCUUGCCGGGACAAUUGGAAAAUCUUGAGGAGGGACAAACCAUACAAUUUCGCAUAGCCAGUAAAAAAGAUAAUCAGUUAAUAUUGGGUUUAGUGGAAAAUGCUUUUAAACUGGGUGAAAUCUGCCCCGUCACAGUUGUACACACACUCGAUUCUGGUUUGGAAAUUAAAGUAAACUAUUUCAAUAAUGAAGGUGAAGAUAUGGAGCAAAAAGGUCUCAUACCCGUAAGACUGUUGUCGGAUUACAUUGAUUUAUUAAGAGCUAAACUUCAUCUAUAUCCUGUGGGUGAAGAAUUAAAAGCUGUCUGCAUAUCUGGCAGUAUUUUCAGCUUGAGAGAUGUUAAAUACUUUUCGGAACAUUUAACAUGCGAUUGGAAAUCAUUGAAAAUCGGUAAUAUUCUAAAGAGUUAUGUUAAGGAUGUCAACGAAGAUGUUGUAGAAAUUGUGGUACCUAUCGAAGGUUAUUCGAAAACUGUUAAAGUUCAUUUGAAAAUGAUGCUAGUAAAUGCAUUCAAUGAUAAAAAUAUUGAAUUGUCACCCGAUCAAGUUGUUUAUGUUAAAGUGUUGGGCAAAGAGGACUCUACAAAAACAAUAACAGUUUCAGCAAAAUUAACUGAUGUUUGGGAUGGCAAAAUGUCUUCAACAGCUAACUUUUGUGAAAGCUAUUUAACGGAAAUUUCUGAUAUCAAACAACAACUCAAGAAACAAGGCCAUGCCAUAGCUCGUUAUUCUCCCGGCGAUAAAGUUACUGCCCAAUUUCGUGCUGUCAAUGAGGUCACCAACGAUUGGGAAUAUGUGCUAAACGAAACUGAAGUUGUGGGAAUUGUAAAAACAUCUGUAGUGGGUAAAGCCAAGCCACCCAAACAGGGAACUAAACAAGAAUGUGUUAUACUAUGGGUAGACUAUAGCAAUCAAUUGGUAUUCCUUAGUAAUAAACCAGGAGAUUUGGAACAUAUAUCGACAGAGAAGAAUAUACCAACAAAUCUUGUUGGUAAAUCUGGCAUUAAUGCUAAAGUUUUAUUUAAAAACGAAAGUGUCUUUGUGUGUUCCCUUAAAAAGGGUAAAAAUCCUGUAGUUUUUUGUCCCACACAAUUGCAUUAUAAUGAUUUUGAAUAUACCGCCAGUAAAACAAUAGACGAGGGACAAUUUUGUAAAUUGGCCUUUAUACAUGACUCGCAACCAAUAGCCAUACUAGAUGAUACACACAAAUUGUGGCAGGAAAUCAAUAGGAAACGUAAAUUAGUCAAGGAGGAAAAGACAACAGAAGCUGUGGAAUCAAAGAAACAGAAAUUGGAAAAAACUAAAACGGAAGAAAAACAAGAGCCGCUGGUGUUGACUAAGAAACAAAUAUUGGAAAAUGAAGCUAAAAGUAAAAAGGAAAAACAGAUAGAGCAAGCUAAAAAACAGCAAUUGGAUAUGUUGGGAAAGAAAAAGGAUAAAAAGCGUACUGCUUCUGAAACUAAAACACAGGAUACAGCAAAAACUACAAAAACUGCAGCCAAGAAAACUAAAACAGAAGACAGUAACAAUGAUAACGAAACUAAAGAAGAAGACACUUUGCUCUUCUAUGAAGAUAAAGCUCCCGAUACAAAGGCAGCUGCUAAAGUUAUAGAAGUUAACAAAACAACGGUCAACUCUAAUACAAAUAAAAAAAUCCAAAAACCUGCUGUAAAAUCUCUAACAGGUGUUACUGAUUUUUGGAAUCUUGACUUAAACAAUAUCUCCACAAAUGUUGAAUCCUCAGAUGAUGAUGAUGACGACAACGAGGAAAAGGAUGAGAAAGCUAGCAGCAAAAAGAAACUAACAGCAGCUGAAAAAUUCAAAAAACAAUGUGAAGAAGAGGCCCGCCUACGAGCCAUAGAGGAAAAAUAUGCCGAUCCCAAUCAAUUACCCGAUUCAGUUGAUCAAUUCGAUCGUUUAGUACUCUCGGAUCCUAAUAACAGCAAACAUUGGAUCAAUUACAUGGUAUUCCAUUUGCAAUCGACCGAAAUCGACAAAGCCAGAGCUGUGGCACGCAGAGCUUUAAAAACCAUUACUUUUAGAAAUACCGAUGAUCAAAUCAAUAUAUGGGUGGCUUUACUUAAUUUGGAAUUGCGCUACGGCAGCAAGGAGACCUUCAAUGACACCCUCAAGGAGGCCUUAAUGUACAAUGAACCGCUAAAGAUUUAUCUGCGCACCGUGGAGAUCAUAACAGAUGCCCAAAAGACCGCCGAACUGGUGGAAAUCAUUGGUAAUUUAACGAAAAAAUUCAAAACAGAACCCGAAGUUUGGCGGGUGUGUGCAAAUGCUUUCUUCACAGUGGGUAUGACCGAAAGAGCACAACAAUUGUUGCAUAAAGCUCUAGCCUGUCUACCGGAAAGAGAUCAUGUCAAUACUAUAGUCGUGUUUGCCAAUUUAAAUCACAGACAUGGCAAUAAUGAAAUGGCUCAAACUUUAUUAGAUCAAGUGGUUACGUCUUAUCCCAAACGUGUGGAUGUUUGGUGUCAAUAUGUGGACAUGUUGGUUAAGGCAGAGUUAAUAGAUUCAGCAAGAAAUAUCUUGGAACGUGCUGUUGUUCAAAAAAUACCUUUACGGAAAAUGCGUACAAUUUUCAAAAAAUAUUUGGAAUUCGAAGAACGUUUCGGCAACGACACUAAUGUUCAACGAGUUAAGCUAUUGGCCAUGGAUUAUGUUAAAAAGAAUGAAAAUCUAUAAAAAAAAAACUAGAAUAUUUAUAUUUAAGUGAAAUGUUAGUUUUUUUUUGUUUUUCUUUUUAGAGAUUUCAUUACUCUAUAUGUAAAUGAGAAUUAGAUGAGGUAUAUUAUUAAAGAAAUAUACAAAUAAAUAUUUUUUAAAUAUAUUAUAGAAAAUAA